AUGACAGAUGCAUGGACAGAUCGUAAGCGAAGAAGUAUUAUGAACUUAUGUGUGCAUUGUCGAGAAGGGAUGUCUUUCUUAUCUUCGAGAGAGGAUUCUGAUUCAGCACAUACUGGAGAUUACAUAUUUGAGUAUGUUGAUAAAUGUAUUGAAGAUAUUGGAGAAGAUAAAGUAGUACAAGUUGUGACUGACAAUGCUUUAAAUAACAUGGCAGCAAAACGUCUCCUGAAAGUCAAGAGUCCUAAUGUAUUUUGGACUUCAUGUGCCGCACAUACCAUGAAUCUCAUGCUAGAGGGGAUUGGUAAGCAAUCCAAGUUCAAGAAAACAAUUGAUAGUGCAAAGGAAUUAACUAUUUUCAUCUAUGGUCACCAUCAAACUCUUAGCAUGAUCCGUACGUAUACCGACAAUAUUGAGAUUGUACGUCCCGGCGUAACACGUUUUGCAAAGGUUCUUCGCAUUGUUGAUGGUGAUAGGCCUUCUAUGCCAUGGUUGUAUGGGAAACUAAAAGAGGCCAAAGAAGACAUCAAAAGUGCAUUGAAUGGAGUUGAGGGGAACUAUAAACCUUUGCUAGAUAUCAUUGAGCUUAAAGGAAAAGGAAGACUUGACAAUGAAUUGCACAUAACGACAUAUUUUCUUAAUCCGUUUUACUUUGCAAAAAAUAGAGCCGGCAUUGGAGGAGCAUUCGAGGUCAUGGAAGCCAUACAAAAGUGUGUGGAAAUGUUUUUUCCGGGUGAUGAGAUUUUGCAAGGCAACGUCAUCAACGGAGAGUUGCAAAUAUAUAAGAACUUGGAAGCCAGUUUUCGAGCCAAGUUUGCUAAUUGUUAUGAAGAGAUAAAUGCAAACUCUUGGUUCUCGUUUGAUCCCGUUGGAUGGUGGAGUAAUUAUGGAGGGAGUGCUAAGAAUUUGCAAAGGAUGGCAAUUAGGAUUCUGUCAUUGACUACAAGUUCGUCGGGUUGUGAGCGAAAUUGGAGCUCAUUCGCUAUGGUCCACACAAAGAAUCGAAAUCGACUUACGACCGAAAAGUUGAAUGAUUUGGUUUAUGUCCAAUUUAACUCAAAGUUAUUUUAUAAGAAGAAAACGAAUGACAUCCUAGAAGUUAGUGAUUACAACAAAGCUCAACAUAUGAUGGUUGAUGGAGUACAAGACGUUGAGUCGAAUGUUGAUGAGGAGAUUGAUCCCAUUACCGGAGCGACACAUAUGGAGGUUGGUAACGUUGUCCAAUUGAGAGAACCUUGCGAAGAAGAAGAAUUUGUAUCGGAACCAGAAGACAUUGAUGAAAAUAAUGAUGCUGAGUGUAGAUGGGAUGAAGAUUGA